AUGGGUUCCUACGAAGAAAACUUGGACACUUACUUGUAUCAAUGUGUGACUGGAGGUCCACAGGCUGCCACUGCGAAGUCAGCUGAAGGCCUGUAUUUUACUCUGGAAGAUGGCCAAAAGGUCAUGGAUGCAACGGGGGGUGCAGCGGUUUCGGCCAUCGGUCAUGGCAACAAAACCGUGCGAGAAGCCAUCAUUCGUCAGCUGGAUACGGUGACUUACGCUCAUCCUGGGUAUUUCUCGAACGCUCCUGCCCGGGAACUGGCAGACUGGCUGGUCGCAUCGACUGGCGGGCAAAUGUCCCGGGCCUGUAUCCUGGGAUCCGGCUCUGAAGCGGUUGAAGCGGCGUUGAAACUGGCCUACCAGUACUUCGCCGAAUUGACACCGCAGUCGCCCCGAAUCAACUUUAUUUCGCGACGGGGCUCAUGGCAUGGUUGUACCAUCGGUGCUCUGUCCGUAGGCGAUAUCAAGUCCCGAACCACGCUCUUUGAGCCUCUUCUGCUGAAGAAUGUCAGCAAGGUGUCCCCCUGUCAUCCGUGGCGCGACAUGAGGAAAGGGGAAACCGAGGAGGCGUAUGUGGCUCGGCUGAAACAGGAGCUAGAAGAUGAAUUCCAGAGGCUCGGUCCAGAAACGGUUUGCGCCUUCAUCGUGGAACCGAUGGUUGGCACGGCCCUCGGCUGUGUUGUGGCGUUGCCGGGCUAUCUACGCGCCAUGAAGGAAGUCUGUGAUCGCCACGGUGCCCUGAUCAUCUUCGAUGAAAUAAUGUGUGGACUCGGUCGCACCGGGGCCCAGCAUGCCUGGAUGCACGACGGGGUGGUCCCUGAUAUCCAGACCGUUGGUAAGGUGCUGGGAGGCGGAUACGCUGCGAUAUCCGCCAUGUUGGUUAACGACCGGGUAAUUCGGGGCUUACAAGAGGGCAAUGGAAGCUUUAUUCAUGCCCAAACCUACCAGGCACAACCCCUGACCUGUGCAGCCGCGCUAGCUACCCAGCAGUACAUCCAGGCGAACAACCUAGUCGAGAAUGCUCGCUGCAUGGGAGAAUACCUCGGAAAAGAACUCCAGCAGCAUCUGAUGGACCACCCUCUGGUGGGCGACGUCCGUGGACGAGGACUCUUUUGGGCUGUGGAGCUCACGCAGGAUAAGAUCACCAAAGCUCCUUGGGACCCACGACUAAACCUGGCCAAACGCAUCCGGUCUCGGGGACUGGAAAAGGGAUAUGACAUAUGUAUUUUCAGUGCUACUGGGGCCGCAGAUGGUUGGAAUGGAGACCAAUUUCUCUUGGCACCGCCUUACAUCGUGCAGAAGCAGGACGUGGACGAGAUCGUCACGCGGGUGGUGAAAGUCAUGAACAGCGUUUGGGAAGACAUCGAGCCCAUAGUAAGUGGUAGGUGA